AAGAACCUCCAAGCGUACAAAAAACACAGUAUUCUGCAGACAUGGCGACUGAGGGAUCGAAUGGAGACUUCACUUAUCUACCUACAAGCAAAGAUGAGGUGAACCGGCUGAUCCAGACACACGGCAACCUGUUCUCAGAUUCCCAGUGCAAAGUGUGCAGUGCUGUCCUCAUUUCAGAAUCCCAGAAGCUUGCCCAUUAUCAGAGCAAGAAACAUGCAAGCAAAGUGCGUCGCUACAUGUCCAUUCACAAAGAGGAGGAGGAACCCAUUGCCAAAAAAAUCAAACCUACAUAUGAUGCUACUCCUGCGGUCAUUGAAGAUGACAAAAACAAAGCAUGUCAUGUGUGCAACAUGACCUUUUCCAGUGCAGUGGUGGCGGCAUCUCACUAUCAGGGCAAAAUACACACCAAGAAUCUUAGGUUAAAAACUGUCGGUCCAGUUGUUCCACAAGCUCAGCCUGUAAAGGUGAAAAAAGAGAACGGACAGACCACAAAAGAGCAGGGCCCCACUGCUGACGACCCCAAUCGCUUUUGCUCUAUAUGUAAUGCCUCGUUUAACAACCCGCUGAUGGCUCAACAACACUACGCUGGAAAGAAGCACAAAAAACAUUUGACCAAGCAGAAACUGAUUGAGACAUAUGGACCAUCACCGACACCAGCCUCUACUGUAAAGGGCUACCCAUGCACUGUGUGCAAUAUUGAACUGAAUUCAGUGGAACAGUACCAGGCUCAUAUCAGCGGUGCUAAACACAAAAACAAUGUAAAACAGAAGAAAGGUGGAAACUCAUUUGUGAGCCCGUUAGAAAAUCACCAGGAGUAUCAGUAUGGCUACGGGCGGCAGCAGGAGGACUGGGGCAGUCUAAAGCAAGACUAUGAGUGAGAAGCCAUCAAUAUGGGCGACACGUUCGAGAUGCUGCUUUUGAGGCAGUGUCUACUGCUCACAUUCAAAUGCCAGCUUUUGCUCUACGCCUUCUCGUUCUAUAUGGUGUACCUCCCUCUCAGAGGUAGAUAAGUGAAGAUGUCUAACUUCCGUGCUAUCUCCCUUUAGGACAAUUUAUCUAGUACUGCUUUUGUUAGGAUCACAAACAAGUCUGUAAUGUUAUUGUUUUAUGUUACAGGAAUAGUUCAGGUGCUACCAUGAACGCCUAGCUAUAGGUCUGGAGUCCGGCACAGUUUAGGAUUUGCUUAAAUCACCUAAGUGUGCUGGAGUCCCUUUAUCCAUACCUUUUAUUUACAUUAUUUACUAUUUACAUUUUUAUUGGUUUAAUUUGUUUUACAAAUUUGUUUACUUUUUAAGAUUUAUUUAAAUUGAGGACAGUAUAGGAUGGCGGUCAGUUGGUAUAAAUGUAAAGAGUAAGAUAUAGGAGGUUUUUUUUUAUUCUUUUCUUUGUUUGUUUUAUAUACAAUUAUUAUAGUUAUUUUAUUUGACCAAUAGGAGUGCAGUUCUUAGUUUAGAAAUCUUUCUCCAUUUUGGUAUACUUGCUUGGCUCUGAAACUGUACAGUUUUGUAGCUAGCUACCUGCAAAAAAUUCCUGUAUUGAUGAAGAUGCAAUUUAUGUUAAAACAAUUGAAAUAUUUUUAACUAUUACUUGUGUCAUAACUUAACUGUGUGCUUUGCAUCAUUGUGUUUUAUAGAACAUGUCCACAAGCAAAAAAAGUAAAACUGUACGUUGCACUCAGUCAAGUGUGGAGUGUAUGUUCUGUUAAAGAAGGGUUUGGUUGGGUUUGUUAUGAAGCUUUGUAGCGCAACACUUACUUAGAUAAACCUUUAAUGUUGCAGAUUGCACAUGAACACAUCAGUUAUUGUUUGAUUUGAGCAGUUUUGAUUAGACUGCUCAUGUUGCUACUACACUUCUUGGCAGUUACUCUAGAGUUCAGCUUGUUUCAGGCUGUGUCCCAAACCAAUGUCGGUAUCAUUUGUUAUUGUUAUUGGAUUCAAACAGAAAAACAACGUUGUGCUAACUGCUACCAUGAAAACGUACAAAUGUAGUGAACAUUGGCAUUACUGCAGAAAGCUAAUGUUUUAUUAGGUUUUAAUGUUACAAACGCAAUGCCCUGAUAAAUCAGCUUCCAAACAACUGUCAAAUACACAGCAUGACAUGAAAAUGUAUUAUGUACAUUUUUUUUACAAUUGUGAUUAUCUGUGCCAGUUGCUAACAGUUAAUGAGGUACCAAAAUGAUAUGCAGUCCCUAUAGAAAAUCCUCAUACCCCAUUGAAGUAGUCACUGUUUCUGUUUUACAGUCACAAAAUAGUUCUCCACCUUUUAUUCACAGUUUGUGCAUUUUGUUCAACAUUUAGAAAAAAAAAUGUGGGGAAA